GAAAUAGUUCAAUCGACGGUGAGAACUCUUAAUGAACUGUUCUUGAAUAUCGAAUAGACCGAAUCAUUGAAUUCUUUUACAACAAGGCAUUCAUUGCAAUCGAAAUAUUCUAUUAUUGUUUCGUUCGAUUUGUUUGUUCACCAAAUCUCAGGCUAACGACAAGGAAAGUAAUUUACAUUGCAAUCUAAUGUGAAAAGUAUUUUAUUUAGUGUAUUUGCAAAGUGAUUAUGGAUCACCAUUGGUCUGAAUAAAUGGCAAUACAUAUAAAUAUUCCGGUCGAUUUCAACGCGUUUACCAGUCUAGUUCGUCACAGCCAUGCAUUCGUCCGAAGUGGAAGUGCGUUACUUAUACGUUAACAAGGACUGCGGCUCAGUGGCGGGCGUGUGGCCAUAUGCGAACAAACAACGAAAAUGGAUUUGCCGCACAGCGAUGAUCUUCAUCGCUAUAACGUCUUUAAUUACACAAAUAGCAAAAGUGAUAAUUGACCUAAGUGUCGAUAGCUUAAUCGAGCAGUGCCCGUUCUUAGUAAUCGCUUUGGGCAUAAUCAUAAAGGAAACCAAUUACAUCAUACACGAGGAAGAGUUAAAAUCAGUGUUCGGAUUCCUGUUUAAAGAUUGGAUGAUGGACAGACCGAAAGAUGAAUUUGACAUAAUGGAUAAGUAUGCCAAGAGGGGACUGUUCUUCUCUCGACUAUAUGUUGCGAACGGAUGCUUUUGCUACAUAAUAUUCACGCUCGUGGCCGUCACACCUCGCAUCCUAGACAUCGUCUCACCGAGAAAUGAGUCGCGUGGCGUGGGGUUCAUCUAUCCGGCUUACUACGCCCUCGACGAAGAGGAACACUACUAUAUUAUAUUAGCACAUAUGCUUAGCGUAAUAACUGUUACAUUUUUCGUGUACAUCUCAUGCGACUCGAUUUACAUGACUAUCAUUCAACAUGCCUGUGGACUGUUGAACGUGACUGGGUAUCGUUUCUUGUCCGCGGUUCAAGAUACCGAUAAAAAUGGGAACAUGAAAGUGGCAGACGAAGAAUAUCAGAAAGUGUGCUUUUCUGUGAAAGCGCAUCAACAUGCGAUGGAAUACAUUGGCAUGAUCGAACGCAUGCAUGACUCGUAUCUCUUUCUGGUUGUGACGCUGAUCAUUCUAUCGUUCAGCAUCACGCUGGUAAAGGCGACAACGAUGGAACCUAGCGUAGAGUUCUACAAGUAUUGCGGUUUCCUGGUGGUACAGCUCGUCCACCUACUUUUCCUUUCGAUUCAAGGGUACUUCAUUAUUAUGGCACACGACAAUGUUUACAAUAAUAUAUAUAAUGGUUUAUGGUACCUCAGCACGGCUAAAACGCAAGCAUUGUACGCGUUAGCAUUAAGAAGAAACUUGACUCCACCUUUGUUGACCGCCGGUGGAAUCAUGACGUUGGACUUAGAAAGCUUCUCUGAGAUACUGAAAGCGUCGGUUUCGUAUUGUACCGUAUUAAAAUCGUCGUAAACGGUAGCCCACCGAUAAGUACAAUACGUAAGAUUGUAAACUUAUGGAAUUAUAUUUCUAACAUUGUCUAAUUAAGCUGCACCGAUAAUUAUAUCCGGACAUGAUCGAAUAGAAGUAAUUGUGAUAGAAUUUAAUGUAUGUAACUUUAUAAAUUAAUAAAAUAGAAAAGUAGACAUUCGUACUUUCACCAUUUUCUUUUUUCUUUGGAGAGUUACACAGAAAUCUCAACUCGUAGUAAAAUAGCACGACUAAUACUUCCCAUUGCACCCAGCACUUCUACAUCAUUUUCUUAAACUCUACACUCGUCUGUUAAUACUUUACUCGGAAAUCAAAAUUAUUGAAAUAUAUAUGGAAAUGAAAAUGAGACGAAUGCAACUAGAGAAAGCUCUCACCACGAAACUCUUCCGAUUGUAUUCAAAGAUAUCACUUAUCUAGGAAAAGUGAAGUAACGAGAAUUCAUUAAAAUUAUAUAAUGUCAAAGCUGGCAUCUCGCAGUUAA